AUGACCGCUGCUAGUGCUCGUCUCCUGCUCUUGUUGUGGCUGUGGGAAUUCUUAUUCUUUACCGCUACCUUCUCGGAGGCAGCUACCCCACCCCAACGUCCCAAUGUGGUGCUGGUGAUCUUUGAUGAUCUGCGUCCAGUUCUGGGCGCUUAUGGUGAUCCGCUGGCCAGCACCCCCUAUCUGGAUGAGUUUGCUCAAGGAAGUCAUGUCUUUACAAGGGCCUACAGUCAGCAAUCUCUGUGCGCGCCCAGCCGGAAUUCCCUGCUCACAGGCCGACGUCCGGAUACAUUGCACCUGUACGACUUCUACAGCUACUGGCGCACUUUUACCGGAAACUUUACCACCUUGCCGCAGUACUUCAAGGAUCAUGGAUACUACACCUACAGCUGUGGCAAGGUCUUCCAUCCGGGACUUUCCUCAAACAAUACAGAUGACUAUCCCUUAAGCUGGUCGGCGCCAGCCUUCCGUCCACGUACCGAGCAGUUUAUGAACUCACCCGUGUGUCCGGAUAAGGAGGGCAUUCUGCGGAAGAAUCUCAUCUGUCCAGUGGAGCUGCAAACGCAGCCGUACAAGACUCUGCCGGAUAUUGAGUCUGUGGCUGAAGCUCUGCGGUUCGUAGAGAGCCGUAAAACCCGGAAUCGAGAGCCCUUUUUCCUGGCCAUGGGUUUCCACAAGCCACACAUCAAUUUCCGCUUUCCCAAGCAAUUCCUCUCCAGAUUUCCUUUGCCUCAGUUCUUCAACUACACAGAGGACACCCUGAAGCCCCCGAAUAUGCCAGCGGUGGCCUGGAAUCCCUACACGGAUGUGCGUGCCAGGGAUGACUUUAAGCACUCGAAUAUCUCCUUUCCUUAUGGACCCAUUGCCAGGCAUCAGGCUGCCCAGAUCCGACAGGGUUACUAUGCCUCCGUGGCCUAUGUGGACGAUCUGUUUGGUAAGCUGAUGGAGGGUUUGGAUUUGGAGAACACGGUGGUGGUGGUACUUGGUGAUCAUGGCUGGUCCCUGGGCGAGCAUGCCGAGUGGGCCAAAUACAGUAACUUCGAGGUGGCCCUGAGGGUUCCACUGAUGAUUAGAAGCCCGCAGUUUCCUGUGAGCCAAACUAAGUUCUAUCAAGGCAUCACUGAGCUGCUGGAUGUGUUCCCUACUCUGGUGGAUCUGGCGGGUUUGCCUGCUUUGCCCGCCUGUCAAGAGGAUCCCCAGAAGUUGACCUGCGGCGAGGGCAAGAGCUUGUACUUUCAACUGAUGGGCUUGGGAUUGGCGGAUGAGCAUGUGGCCCUCAGUCAGUAUCCUAGACCUGGAAUGCUGCCCACAAAGCAUCCUAAUAGCGAUAAGCCCAAGCUGCGCAACAUCAAGAUCAUGGGCUAUAGCUUAAGAACCGAUCUAUAUAGGUAUACAUUGUGGGUCAGAUUCCAUGCCCAGAAUUUUAGUCGAGACUGGCAUGAUGUAUAUGGCGAGGAGUUGUACGACCAUCGACUGGACUCUGGCGAGGAGAUGAACCUGGUGCCGCUGCCCGAAUUCGAUGAUGUGCGCCAGCGUCUGCGCCGGCGUCUCAUGGAGGUCGUGGGCAGCAGCUAGCGGAGAUCGCCUACCCCAGCUCUUUCCCCUGACCUGAUCUUAAAGAUUUUAAAUAAAUUCAUAAGCAGUAUAUGUAUAUAUGUAUGUAUAUAGUAUGCAGCUGGAGAGACGAAGCGAAUAUCUUGUCGCCAUAAUUGGAAUUUAAUACUUCCGGUUGG